AUGGCCGAAGUCGACAAUCCCCCGAUGGACGAGUCCUUCCCGGCGUCCGAGGCCGCCGACGACAAUCCCUCCCAUGGCAACACGGCGAGCGCGACGGUCGGGACAAGACGACAGGCCAACGGCACGAUUGGCUCUGUCUACUCGGGCAACAAGAUCCGGCAUCUCAAGAAAGAAGACGGCAUCCCCCUCUGGCGCAAGGAUAUCCAGUAUCAAUUCCUGAAGCUCGUUUUCGAAGACAAGACGCCGGUCUUCACGCGGUAUCCGGAUGGUCAGAAGAAGUGCGACUUUGCCGAUAUCUACAUCGAUGCUAUGGCCAGGAGUAGUAAGACGAGCAAGAUUCUCAAGGAUAAAUUGCAGAAUGACAAGCCCGCUGCUAUUAGCAUGGCGAUGGUCUGUCUGCUGGUGAAUUUUGGGCGCAUGAAUACCACUCUCAACUUCUUCCCCGAAAUGCGUGCUCAGCUGCGAACCUACCACUCCAUCCCUUCGCUACAAGCACACCAGGACUCGAACGCCUACAAACAACUCCAGGAUGCCCCGCGCCUGAAGUCGAUUCUCAAGGGCGCAUCAGAGGACGUCGACCAACCCAACACUCUAGACAAGAUCAAGCGGCAGAAUGUGCCGCGGACGAACCCGGUCAACCUCAUCUUCGUCCUGGCGCAGUACGCGCCUAAAGUUUCGGAGACGCAUUUCUUCCCUCCCAGGGACUUCUUCGACCUGGUCAUGAGGUCCACGCUGAGCAGCCAUAGUCGUGCCCGAGCGUUCCUGUGGCUGAUGUGGUGGUACUUGGAGAGUGACUUCAGCCGCGAGGCUGCGCUCAACAAUCCGUUCGGUGCGGGUCUGGAUGGCGAUGGGUCGGAGGGUUUGCCUCUGAAAGUGCCUGCUUUCGAGAUUUUGACGGAGGAGCAGGCCAAUGAGGAGAAUGUGGAUUCGCAGGAGGAGUUGGAGUAUGGAGAGGCGAAGAGGCUGGAGCGCAAGCGCAUUCUGGAGGAAGAAGAGCCAUUACCCCGUGUUCCCAAGCGUCCCAAGAAAGACUAUGGUUUCGAGGAAGACUCAUUCGCGGGCGACUACUCUGGGUUUGGAGGACGCAGCUCUGCUGUGUCCACUCCUCUCCAUCCUUCCGCCAAACGCACCCUGGAUGAUGAAGACGAUGACAGCGCUAUGGGCCAAUAUCAACCGCGCAGCAAGCAGGCGAAACGAGAGUCCUCUCUUAACCGAGCCGCGGGCCAUCAGCGCCUCAUUCUCAAAACCAGAAUGGAUCUUGAUCGUACUCCGGAUGCCUCACCUGCGCCUCCGGGGUCUGGCCAUCCCGUUCUCAACCGGUUCAUCCAGGAGCCAUCGCUUUCCCAACCAUCUGGUAGUGGCCGUCGACCGCGGCCAUUGACGCAGCACCAGCUUGCCGUUGAGCACAACCGUCGACAGCGGAUUGAGUAUCUACUUGCCAAGCGCAAGUCCAACGCAUAUCGCGUUCUCCGGGCCAAGCGGGAGAGCGAGAUGCCCUUCGCGCGCUAUGGCCGCCAGCUACAAAGUCUGCCGGACGGCUACGAUUCGGAGGAUGGAGAGAACUCCUGGGGCAAAGGAGGUCUGUUCUCCAACCCGGACGAAGAAGAUGACUUUGGCGAGUGCGCCAGCUUCUUCUUGUCCGUAGCGCGAAAGGCGUCUCGGCGACUGGACCGUUGGGACUACGAGGGCGCCAACGGGCCUAGGAGAGACCGCAAGAAGGAGCGCCAGGAGCGACAGCGGGUCAAGGCCGCCAUGGAGGCAGAAGCACGAGCUGGGAACCGGUCGCGUGCGCGUCCGUCGCGCGGUGGUGCAGCCGCCAAACGCAAGUCUGGCGGCGCUGCAGUUGUCUCCGGCUCGGCCAAAAAGCCCUCUGGAGGUUCAAGCUCGAAGGGUGGCCGCAGCCGUCCCCCCAAUGGUCCUGCCGGCGCAGCGGCCUGGGAGGCCGAGCAUACAGCCGGGGACGACUACAUGGAAGGCGAGUUGGAUGAUCUCGACCGCGAGCUGCUGGGCGAGGGCUCCGGCGACGAAGGACCGCGACGCUAUGUGGGAGAAGGAGGAGAUUCGUCGGACGAGGAGGAGGAUGAAGUCGACGACGAGAACUCGUCUACCUACGAUGGGCCUAAUGGCUAUGCGCGGCAUGAGAGCUCGUCUCCUGUUCCAGAGACUGCUGCUGUUAGUACCCGGGAGUGA